AAUAUCGCCAUGUCAGACACAACUGCAAGCUACAGGCAGGAGAUUCAUAUUCUACAAAAUUACUUCAGUCACAAACCUUAGAAUAUGCAAUUGUUGAAUCAAAUACGGACAUCUAACACUUAUACUGAAGGCUAACGCGCAGAUCGCAAACGAAAUGGAUGCGCUCUUCUCCCUGCCAGUUCUUUCGCUAUUUCUCAUUCCUACAAUUUCCUCGUACAGCACAAGCCUCAACUUAUUAUUCUUCUUCAUGACAUGGUCGACCCUUGUGCUGUCGCAUCCUCCUCUCAGGGUUGAACUGUUCGGUACCGUGGCCGUGCGACUCUUCUUUUACGUUCUCCCCUCGGUCCUCUUCUUCCUGUUUGACAUCUUGACACCCUCUGCAGCAGUGGUGAUCAAGGCGCAUGGCGAGCUCGGCCUUCCUGCAGGAAGCAAGCGCAGCAAAAUCCGAGCAAAGGACUUCAAGGUCGCGGGAUGGGCGCUGGCAAACCUUGCUUUGAGCAUCGCCGCGCAAGCUGCCAUUGAGCUCGUUCGCACCAAGGUGCUCGGAAUGCGCAGCGCUCUCAAAGUGUCCAUGAGACUGCCUAUGCCCUGGGAGAUCGUGAAGGACUUGUUCCGAGGUUUGUUCGGGAGAGAGAUCCUCGCAUACGCUGUCCAUCGCUACGUCCUCCACUCCAAAAAAUAUAGCGUCGCAAAGUACCAUGAAUCAUGGUACCACUCACUACGCGCACCGUUUCCCCUCACCGGGCACUAUGAUCACCCCAUCGCGUACCUCCUCGCUAACUUCAUCCCGACAUACGCUCCUGCCAUGCUCUUCCGCCUCCACAUGCUCACCUACCUCAUCUAUCUGUCCACAAUAUCCAUUGAGGAGACGUUCGCCUUCUCCGGGUACUCCGUGAUGCCGACGAGUUUCUUCCUGGGCGGCAUUGCGCGUCGCACGGAUGUGCAUUUGCUAAGUGGGGCGGAAGGGAAUUUCGGGCCUUGGGGGAUUCUGGACUGGAUGGGUGGGACGACUGUCGGCGAUGGUGAGGAUGGAGCGGCUAGUAUUAUAGAUGAUGCGCAGAGUCAGCUUAGCGCUAGCCUGAGCCAGGAUGGGGAUCUCGAUGAGAAGAUUCGGAGGGCUGUGGAGGAGUCUACGAGGAGAUUUAGGGAUGGUAGUCGGCGUCGGUUGCGGAGGAAGCGGAGGGAUGAGUAAUUUUUGGGAUUUUGUGGGUUCAUGAGCUCAUGGCUUUUUGUAUCGAUAUAUGAUUAUGUGAUAUGGGUGCGAUGUUGCUUAUAUAUUUUGGAUUUGGAUGCUUGAUGAUGAUGCAGUGGCAUGAGCUACUACUCUGUACAGACUGAUGCAACGGCGUUCUCGAGACAGUUCGCAGCGAGUAUCCUCGUAAGGUCGCAAUCGCAGGUUCUCUGGGC